UGUUCAGUUCAUAAUUUUAACUGAUUACUUAUUAUAAUAUUCUAUUUAAUUAGUAAUUAAGAAUGAGCGCAACAUUACGGGAAAUUCUUCUACAUAAAUGUAGAAAGAAACUUAAACGCAUUCAAUCAUACGACGAAGAGGAAGAAUGGGAAGAAACCGAAGAAACAAUAAAUAAUUUAGAAAAUGUAAAAUCAAUAGAAGAAUUACCUUUGGAAGAUAUUCUAGCAGAGAAACGUCGUAAAUAUACUAUCGAAGAAGAGUUCACCUUUUUACUAUACAAUGAUUUGUUACAAUUCUUUCUAAAGGAAUGGGACGGUGAAAUCUUAAGAAAGAAACCUAAAAACAAAAUUGAUGACGAUAACGAAAGCGUUAAUGAAUUAAAAAAUAAUGAUACUGAUUACAAAGAACAUAACGAAGAGACGUCUAAAUCAAAUUCGAAUAUGUAUUGGAAAAUGACAGCCCCCGAUGAAUUUGCAAAUAUAAAAUUCAUUAGUAAUAAUACAUACACUGGUCGCAUCAGUAGGAAAAUGAUGGAAGGGAAAGGUGUUUAUAGAUGGUCAAAUGGUGCACAAUACAAAGGAGACUUUGAACAAAAUCGAAUGCAUGGGAAAGGUUUAUUAGAAUGGAACAGUAAUUGUUGGUACGAGGGAGAUUUUGUAAAUGGUUAUCGACAUGGUAGAGGAAUCAUGGUAGAUGGAGAAAAUCGCUAUAUGUAUACUGGCAUAUGGUAUAUGGGUCAGCGACACGGAAAAGGGUACUGUCGUUAUGGUGAUAAUAGUUCGUACGAUGGUGAUUGGGUAAUGGACAAAAUGCAUGGAGUUGGAUUACGAACAUAUACAAAGGGUAGUUAUUACGGUCAAUGGAAGAAUGGACUUCGUGAUGGUAGAGGAACGAUGGUUUGGACCAAUGGCAAUGUUUAUCGCGGGGAAUGGAAAUGUGGUGCGAUGCAUGGUUAUGGAGAAUAUGUAUGGAAUGCGUUCUUCAAUAAAACUUUAACUUGGCCACAAGAAGCUCUUUAUGUCGGUAAUUGGCGGAAUGGAAUGCGUAAUGGCGAAGGAGAGUUAAAAUUAAGUGCAGUCGGUGGUGCUAAAUAUUUUGGACAUUGGAAGGAUAAUAAGAAACAUGGUUAUGGAGUUAUAAUUGGAAGCAACGGGGAAAAAUUUGAAUCUAAUCCAUUAUUUUUGAACGAUAUAUUAUGUACAUCUAAUGUCGAAGAUAAUGAUUUAAAUAAUGAAUUAGAGGAUAAGGAUGAAAUAAAAUGUGUACGCGUAAUCAAAGAAAUGAAACCACAAUUUCUUGACAGAUCAACUCAAUUAGAGAAAGCUCCCAUAAUUCCUAUUUUAAAACCAGAACAAUUUCCAUCAUUAUCUUAUUAUAUAACUCGUUUAUUUGAUCCAGACAGUUUAGAAGUACAUCCAUUAUUACCAAUUCUAUCUGGAAAAUGUUACAGUUGUGAAAAUGAAUCUUGCACCUGUUUGGCAGUGAAGUCAAUUGAAAUUUUUAUAGAUUCGAGAAAGCAAAAUGAAAAUGAUAAAGAAGCGACAGAUAUUGUUGAAGAAGAAACAAAUGUUUCUGAAUUUACUGUAAAUAAUAUAAAGAAAUCUGAUUGGGAAUAUGAAGAACGAUGGACACAUAAUUGUUUAAUAUUACAUAUGGCUCGCUUACGAGAAAUUUAUAAUAAUUAUGCAAAAUUGUUUACAAAUUCAGCGCCGAAAUGCGAUAUUGCAAUGAGCAGAUUGUGUUUAUGGCAAUUAUGGAGUGAUUGUGGUAUUCAUAAGAAAGGAUUGAGUUUAAUUGAAAUUGAUAAUUAUAUUGCAAAGAAUAAAAUCACCUUUGUACAAAAUCCACAUGAUCCAUUCGAAAAAAUUGAAAUUUGGCAAUAUUUGCAUGCGCUGUUAGAAGUCUCGUGGCACUUGUAUACGAAGUUCGGUGAUAUAGAAACAGAGGAAAUUAAUGGGAAACUUGCUGGUGGUUUACAUAAUUUUUUGAAAAAUGAUAUAUAUCCACAUACUGGUAAUCAUAUUGGUAGUUUAUGUCAAGAGAAUCAAGAUUUAUUGCCUAUAUAUGCCGUUUUUAAAUUAUGUAAACGAAUUGGAUAUCCAUUUUCCAUGAAAGAUCUUCUUCAAACUAUGUGUGUUUUAAAUGAUACAACUGAUCCACAAACUUCCAUAACUACAGAAACUAUUAAAAGCUUAUCAAAUGGUAUUAACUGUACAAUAAUAGGUGAAAAAAUCAAUUAUUUACUUAAAUCUGAUGACAUUUUUAUGGAAUCACAGUGUACAAUCCAAGUUUCAAGAAAUGAUGAAAAUGAUCACCUGUCCCAUGGAUUGUCGGUGUUCGGAGAACUGGGACCUUCGAAAUUGUUAGAAAUUAUGGCAUUAAUAUGCCCUGCAAUUAAAGAUAUAGAAACUGAUAUGAUUAUUAAUAUGGAUUAUGAGUUGACGUUUCUCGAGUUUUAUGAAAUAAUUCUGGAGGCAACGAAACAAUUACUCGUUAAGAAAAAAUUGCAAAUGAAGGAACUUGAAACAGAAGACGCAUCGUCGCAAAAAAAUAAUAAUUUGCAGAAAAUAGAAAAUUUUACAACGAUAAAACGAUCUUCGGUUAGGAAAAGUUUUAAAAUUAAUAAAAACAAAACAUAAAUAUCAUUUCUUUUUUGAAUAACUUAAUUCGAUUCGGAUUCACUUUUCUGUCUAAAAUACAAUAUAUACGCGUUACUUCUGGUCCAUCACGUUACCGCCCUCAUUUUUCUUAUCCUUCAUAGGAAUUUUUAAAUAUCAUAAUAAUAAUAAAGUAUUUUAUAAAAUUAGCAUCUUUACAUUAAAUCGUUCAAAGGAGAACAUAACUUAAGACUGUCCUGUAUGUUUUUCUUUUUUAUGUAACGAUUUUGAUAAAUUGAAUAUUAUUAUCAGAAAAUUGAAUUCAACAUUCUGCGAGCAACAACGGUGAUGCAACUUUGAAAGAUUUACAUACAAAAGUAUAAAAUCCCACUUUAGUCCGCUAAAUUGUAGCGUAUUUAAAGUAUAUAUACAGAAUACGUACAUCCGCGAAUUUGUGGGUAAGAUGAACAAUGUAAUUAUCAGAAAAAUAAAAAAUUAAAAGAUUAUGAACGAAGACGCUUUAAUGAUAGAUCUAGAAGCAUCGCGUCGUUAUGGUUUAGCCAACAAUUGUUAUAAUUAUGUAAUUCUAAAGUAUAAAUAUAUAAUUACAGUACAAAA